AAACGCAACUUGGGGAACUGAAAGAAUCCAAACAGGUAGGACGUGGGCCUUCGUCAGAACAUGGAGGAAAACAUUUCACUGGCAGACGAUCUGCUUGGGUAGAUUUGCGAAGUUGUUUGAUCCACUUUUGAGUCCAGUGGAAGAAUAUGACAAUGGGAUUAUGACGAAAGUGUUCCUACUGGAGUGACCAUGUCUUGAAGUGGUGUUUGUGUGGGUUGACGUCUUCCUUGUAGCCUCACCGACCACUGGACAGCGUUUGAGACUGGGCAGUAUGUUCUCGUGGGCCACUGCACUGGUGUUUCUUGGUGUGUUGCUACCCGCGGAGUUUAGAAAUGAGGAGAAGGAGUGCGAUCCUGUGCUGAGGUCAGUGCGGAUGGAAGUGUCUCCACUCAUGGUGCACUCGUUGUGUCGAGACGCAGGCAACGUCACUCUUGUCAUCUCGUGUGAACAGUCAGUUUGGACAGAACGCGUGCAAGGUUUUUGUAACAGUUUUGACCUUAAUAUUGGCGAAGCAAUAAUGAACCGUGCUCUGAGGUCUGAUUCAGUGACACUGUAUCUCAUGAAACUUGACCAAACGUUGGACGCUGCAAGAGUGGUCAUUCUGACAUCUGAUGAAGUCCAUCACUAUAGGAUAUCUGUAUGGGGCCACCACAACACUAGAUUUGUGUUAACUGUUGAGAACGUGUGUUUAGAAUCAAGACUUGAAAAGCAAAAUGAUGUCAUUAGGCCAAACAACAAGAUAACUACAAGCAAAACAUUACCCGUUAACGAAACCAUUCUCAAGCUAACCGACAACGUUGAUCAACCCUUACCAGAGUAUUCACGUUCAAACAAUUUGCCACCGGAAGAACAAAGUCUGAAAGAUGGCGUCUUCACAAAGCCAUCAUCUAGCAGAGUCAGGGGAGGGAUUAAGCUGAACACACAUCGAUCCUCUUUUUCAACUCUUGGAAAUUUCCCUACCUCUAUAUUUUCCAGACCUAGUACACUAGCUCCAAGACCCAAUGGUCUAGACUACAGAGCUAAUAAAUUAGUGAGACCUCCAAGCUCUCAACAGGCGCGCGACUAUCUCAAUAAAGUGGCUGACAAACGAAACGGGAGUCCAGAGUUGGAGAAACUGGAGUGGCUGGAGAACAAAAAAGUGGAAUUUGAGAGAAAAAUGGAUUAUUAUCAAAAUGUGUAUCCAUCCGGUGAAAAUAUUUCAGACUAUGGGGACUAUAGCACCGAGGCUUUGGACCCGGGGGCAAAACAAACUGUUGUGGCACAGGAGGUCGUGGAUUUCUCGCAAGUUACCAGAAAAGUGGAAUCAAAUAAUGAAAAAACACCAGCAACUUACGAUAAUUCUGAACUUUCAGGAACAUCCAAAAAUACAGUUCAAAGUGUGACUUCUGGUAGUUUGAUAAAUCAGGUUUUAAACAAUGUAUCAGUUAAUGAAAACUAUCCCCCUGCUAGUGAUACUAAGGAGAAUGUAUUUAUUGCUGGGAAGCUGGCAAAUAUUUUGCUUCCAUCAUCGCUGGAUGAAGGCAUCACUAACAAGCCACAAAGAGAGACAGUCAAUGUGAGCGGCAGUUUUCCUUUGUUUUUAGUUCCAUCUGACGUUGAAAGCGUUAAUGAUCGUGAACUGGUCCCUGGGGAAUAUACUAUUAUUUCACCCUCACCAUCACUGACCAGUGACGAGGUGUCGUCUCAGUCAAAUGAUGUGACUUCACCUGGAGGUCGUGAGAUUCAUGACAAUGCCAGCUCAUUGUCUACUGCAGUGCCAGAAAUAAGUGUAUCCACGUCUAUACUUACAUAUGCUUCCAGCUCUCUGGCAAAUGCUACAUCUCCAGUGGCUACAACUCCUGUGUCUACAUCACCUGUAGCUACAGAUGUACGUUCAUCUGAGUCGGACACGUUUCAGAGUACACAAGGUUAUGUGUCAUCUUCAACUUAUACAUCCGAUUCAACGACUGAAAGUCAAGCAUCUAGUCAAGCUUCUUCAACACCCACUUCUGCCACCACAACAACCUUGACCUCUCCACAAUCCACGUCUACUAGCGCACCUCCGUCAACCACAGAAACUGAUAAUCCCCAAACGACCACAGGAACUACUCCAUCAACUGCCACAAUAUCUACUUCGACAACUAUCGCAACCACCGCUCCCCAGACAACUAAAGAAAGUAAUACUCCUCCAAUAACCUCAGCAAACACUUUUACUUCGACUGCAACUACUACUACUUCGACAGCCACAACAACCCAUGCUCCUCCAAUAGCCGAAGCAACCACUUCUUCCUCAGCCGCCACAACAGCCACAGCUUCAUCAGCAACCACCAAAACGUCGGCUUCUACAAUAACCACACUAAACACAACAUUCUCGUCAUCCAGGAUCAUGACGACAGUGUCUUCAACCCUGACGCCUGCUGUGACCAUAGCAACAUCGACAACUAAACCUGCUUCCACGACUGCAAACAUGACGCCAUCUUCCACAACAUCCAACGCAGUCAACUUCACUUUUCUAUUGACACUACCAUCGUUUCCCGGUAACCCGAACCCCGUGAAGAGGCCAACCACGGCGAGUAGCACGGACGAGACCAGCAAAGACGACGAUGCACUGUGGCCUGUAAUUAUAGCUCUGGUACUGGGCAUUCCGGCCCUGGUGGUGGUCGGCAUCGCCGUGACCGUGAUCCACAGAAGAAGGAGACCGAAUCCCCAGAAAGUCUUUGGCAUGAAAGCGUUACGAUCAGUCAACAGUACACCGAGACUCUCUGCUACAAGCACUGCUAUAAGGACCACUCUAAGACUUUCAACUACAUCUGUAGACGUUUGACACUAUAAGUCAUUAGUUACAGACUAUUAAAACUAUUUGAAGAUUUAGGCCAGAGGCUAGAAAAGAAGUGGCCCUGCAUCGACCUAUUAUCUUCGCUUCAGACAUUCUGAACUUGUCACUGUAUGUAGCUCAACUGAAUGACUGUGUUAAUGAUACAAGUGUUGCUCAGUAACUGAAAGUCAUUUGGAGGCAUGAAUUGUUGUUGUGUUUAACUCUUAUACACUUUUUGAAAAUGUGUGAGUAUAAAAGAUUGCUUCAAUCUGAUGUAAAUUUAUUUAUUAACUUUUAAUUUCAAACGUCAAAUUUUUUUUUAUUUGGCUGGGACGUGAUUAAUUCAAUACUAAUUUAUUUAUGUUUCCUACUCAACACCUCAUUAAAAUAUUUCUUUGGUUCGUUUACAAAGCAUUUUUAUAAAGUCUUAAAAUUUACAACAUCAUUUUUUAUUACGUUUGAAAAUAAAAAUGGUCAAAUUUGUUUGAUGGGAUACUUCCUGUGGGACUGAGUUUUCUGUUGUUCUGGGGGAUAUAAAUGCCAUGCAUCUAAGUUGUUAAUGCUCCUAAGCUGACUUCCAUCGUCCACCCAUCCCAGUGGCGCUACAGCCCAUGGAGGUCCCUGGACUGCUUAAGCCCAUCUCUCCAUUCUGAUCUACCCCAUCCCAAGAAAUAACUUCAUGUUCAUGUUUAAUGAUACAUGUCUGUCAAUGGAGCUGCUUUAUGAGAUAGAACUGGAAAGUGAAAUAGAGUAAUUUCCCUUUGUCGUCUCCCAGACUCCUAUGUAAAUCUGCAAAUGUUAAGCGUAUGUCUUAACGAUGGUCUAAUCAUCUGAUCUAGUGUUUAUCUUUUUUUGAAUGAUCAAAGUUUUGUAAAGCUGUGAUUAACAUACUGCUGGUAUGCAUGAGUUCGAAAGUGAAAGUAAACGAAACUAUUAAAGUUAUUAAAAUUAUAUCGCAUUAUCAUCGGCACUGCCUUCAAACCCUAACCCAUGCCAUUAAAGGUUAACUCAUUUCUUUUUACCCUAACCGAUGCCUUAUAAACAAACUAAAGCUUUAAAGAACAUUAUGUUUUUAAGUAUGUUAUUUUCAUUACUUUGUGAUUCAUUGCAAUACUAUUUUAUUUUAUUUAUUGUUUAUAUGAAUUUCAUGUUUAAAAUUUAAUCAAGAAUUAUUUUUUUUUUACUUUAGAUGGAUGGGAUUAGACCAUCAUAUUUUACAUUCAAUGUCUUAUAAUCUUAUGUAAAAUUGUAAAAGAUUGUCAUAUAGUAUGAGUUACAAAGCUUAUGUUAUCUCACUCCGUCUGUCUGGCGCAAUUUUUUUCUACUAUUUUUCCUUCUCCCACUUCCAAUUCUCGCCUCAAGUUGAAAUGUGGCACACAUUCAUUGUUGACGGCAAUACAAGAAACAAUUUUAAAAAAUUAACCAAUUAGUUCAUCAAUUCGUGGUAAUUCAUUCAUUUUGUUCUAUUUAUAUAGAUCGCAAGGUCCGAAAGGGUAACUUUACUUUUUGCAUUGCUAUUUAGAAAAGGGGAGAUAAAAAUUGCAAUAUUGAGAGAUAGUGGAGUGAUUGAUCAGCUUUAUUUUUAUAGAUUUUUUUUUUUUUGCUGGUUUUUAAUUUACUUUGUCCACAUGACUUAAGAUUAAUAAAGACAUUCACGCUAG